AAUUCCAUUCUGUAUUUUGUUUUUCUUUUUUUGGUCCUCUGCAUGUUGAUUAGCGUGUUGGCAGUCACCUUUUAGCUUCUCCUUUGGCUGACAUGCUCAAAGUUUUGAUCUUUUGGUCAGGGGAAUCGUAAGGAGAUGGAAAGGAUUCAGAUUUGGAUUACCGUGCUGACGAUGGUGAGCAAAAGCAUAUAUGUCUGACAUAGCUGCAAUUCGAUCUUAGGAAGUAUCAUGAACUUUGACCCGUCCAAGUGGGCUGUUUUGCUGAUGGCUGGUUUGAUUUGAGACAUGUUAAAUCUCCAAACUAGAGAUCCAUUCAUCAUUGGCACAGUUGCUUAAAAAACAUCCAAUCUCCUCUUGGCAGAUGAUGAAUUAGUUAGCCUAUCAUCAUAACUCUACCAGUAAUGAACUUGCAUUGAGACUCAUGAGGGACAGUCACAACCAAUUGAAUAUGAUUAUGCUUGAAAAUGUGGCUGCACAAGAAGAAAGCCAGGAUCAUGUAGCAAACACACUAAAAAGGGGAAGACAAGUUACAGUUCCACCAGAUUGUGAAACUGAAGAUUUAGCUAGUGAAGAACAUGAUGAAAAUAAAUGUACAGAAGCUCCAUAUAAUGUUCUCAAAAUGAUUGGAACAGUUGAAACUGACACAUUGUCGAUUUCAGACAAAACUGUUACACAAAUUAAAGUUCAGGACAAUGACUGUCAAGUCAUCAAAGACAUAUGUGUGGAUGAUGGUUUACAUGCUUUUGAGAAAAUAUUGUUGAAAAAUGCUGCAGUUAGCGAGAACAUACCUUCUGGCUUCAAAACUUAUGCAACAAAUGCAAACGAUAACUGGAAUCAGCAGAUGACACAUGGUACUGCACUAGUUGUGGAAGGUUUGAAAUAUACUGAUGCUGCUGAUGAUGAUAAGGACCAAAAGUCUUCCUGGGGCUUGUUUGAAUCUAAACAAAAGUUGGAUGAAGGCAACCAGCUUGCAAGUAAAACCUCCGAGAAGAUCACUUUGCAGCAUUUGUUUUCACUGGGAGAGUUGGACACACUUGCCCACCACAUGGUUUUAACCAGUUAUGGUAGCAUCAGUAGUACUAAACAAAGUAUUGGUCAGAUGAAUAUCGAACAGGUCACACUUGAAGAGGAGCAUUCUGAGAAUUUGCAAUGUGAUUCUAGCAUGACUUAUGAAAGUAUUAUGAUUUUGGAAAAUCUGAAUGAUGACCUGUCAGAGGGUAAUUUGGAAACGAAGUGCUCUGCUGCCACAAAUGAUCCAUUGGAUGUUACAUUCUCCGACCGAAAUGGUGAUAGCAUGGAAAAACCUCCUAAUGCUCAGCUGGAAGGAGUCUGUAAUUCUGACUUCAAUUCUGUAGCAGCAGCAGCAGCAGCAGCAAUAAGUGGCACUGAAAAGAACAACAAAAAUGCAGAUGAUAAACAAUUAGUAAAUGCUCUUUAUCACCGGAGUAAUGAAGAGAUGGUUUUUGAUGCAACAACAGCUUCUGCUCAAAGUUCAUUUUAUCCCAAUAAUCAUGGGGACUUGCAUUUUUCUGGUCCUUCUUAUUUGUCAGGCCCAAAAGUGUCGUCAGGACAUAUUGCAUAUUCUGGUAGUAUAUCUCUUCGAUCUGAGAGCAGUACCACCAGCACUCAUUCAUUUGCCUUCCCAAUAUUACAAGCAGAGUGGAAUACCAGCCCCAUAAGGAUGGUCAAAGCUGAUCGGAGACAUUUAAGGAAAUACCGGUGGAGAACAGGUCUCUUUUGCUGUAAAUUUUGAAGAUGUCUAUUACCGCCUCUCAUGAGUCAUCAUGCAUCAUCAUCAACACUAGGCCUCCAUGUUUAUUCCUGCUCUUUCCUCUGCCCUGCUUGCUUGUUUAAACUACGGCCAUCCCGCAGGAUCCGUGGCAUUGGAUUGUGGCUUGAGUAGAAAGCAGAGAUGUAGGCUAUUCUUAUUCUUGCUUACAUGCCAUGGUUUGUCAAGGAAGGAAUACAUCUGUGGAAGCUUGAAUCUUGUUUCUUAGUUUCUUCCUUCUCUUGGUUGAAUUUAAAGGCCUUGAUGCA